CUCCCUCAGUCGAAACCCUAGAUUUCUGAUUCUCGCGAGUUCUCUCUGUUUCUCUAGAGCUGAAAAAAAAGUUCCAAUCUUUCGUAUGUUCUCCCCUCUCAUAGUCGUAGUAUCGAGUUAUUAGCUCGUAAUCUCAUCAGAUUCUGUUCACUCACUCUUAGUUUCACUCUCCUUUUUGUAGCUCUAUCCAGUGAAAGUGAUGAUGCAGCAAAAGGCACUGAACAAGCGAUAGAACUAAAAAAGUUACUGAUGGAUACUGGAGGCAACUCGCUGGCCUCUGGACCAGACGGUGUGAAGAGGAAAGUCUGCUACUUCUACGACCCGGAGGUUGGGAACUACUACUACGGCCAAGGCCACCCAAUGAAGCCACACCGGAUCCGCAUGACCCACGCCCUCCUCGCUCACUACGGUCUCCUCCAGCACAUGCAAGUCCUCAAACCUUUCCCCGCACGUGACCGUGACCUCUGCCGCUUCCACGCCGACGACUACGUCUCCUUCCUCCGCAGCAUCACGCCCGAGACUCAGCAGGAUCAGAUCCGACAGCUCAAACGGUUCAACGUCGGUGAAGACUGUCCUGUCUUUGACGGUCUUUACUCCUUUUGCCAGACCUAUGCUGGUGGCUCUGUUGGUGGAUCUGUUAAGCUUAACCAUGGGCUUUGUGAUAUUGCUAUUAACUGGGCUGGUGGUCUCCAUCAUGCUAAGAAGUGUGAGGCUUCUGGCUUCUGCUAUGUCAAUGACAUCGUCCUAGCUAUCCUUGAGCUGCUUAAGCAGCAUGAGCGUGUUCUCUACGUUGAUAUCGACAUUCACCACGGAGAUGGAGUGGAGGAAGCGUUUUACGCUACUGACAGAGUCAUGACCGUCUCGUUCCAUAAAUUUGGAGAUUACUUUCCCGGCACAGGUCACAUACAGGACAUUGGUUACGGAAGUGGGAAGUACUAUUCGCUCAACGUACCACUGGACGAUGGAAUCGACGACGAGAGCUAUCAUCUCUUGUUCAAGCCCAUCAUGGGGAAAGUGAUGGAGAUUUUCAGACCAGGUGCGGUUGUGCUGCAGUGCGGUGCUGAUUCUUUGUCUGGUGAUAGGCUCGGAUGCUUUAACCUCUCCAUCAAAGGUCAUGCCGAGUGUGUCAAGUUCAUGAGAUCGUUUAAUGUUCCGUUACUUCUCUUGGGUGGUGGUGGUUACACUAUCCGUAACGUUGCUCGGUGCUGGUGCUACGAGACUGGAGUUGCACUUGGAAUCGAAGUUGAGGACAAGAUGCCGGAGCAUGAGUACUAUGAGUACUUUGGUCCAGACUAUACGCUUCACGUUGCUCCGAGUAACAUGGAGAACAAGAACUCUCGGCAGAUGCUUGAAGUGAUUCGUAAUGACUUGCUCCACAACCUCUCGAAGCUUCAGCAUGCUCCGAGUGUGCCGUUUCAGGAAAGGCCACCAGAUACAGAGACUCCUGAGGUAGAUGAAGACCAAGAAGAUGGAGAUAAAAGAUGGGAUGCGGAUUCUGACAUGGAUGUAGAUGAUGAUCGUAAACCUAUACCAAGCAGAGUGAAAAGAGAAGCUGUUGAAUCUGAUGCAAAGGACAAGGAUGGAGGACUGAAAGGAGUAAUGGAGCGUAUGAAAGGUUUUGAGAUGGGGGGUAUGGAGGAGAGUGGAAGCACCACCAAGGUAACAGGAGGAAACUCAGUGGGAAUUGAGGAAGCAGGUGUGAAAAUGGAAGAGGAUGGCACAAACAAGUCAGGUGCUGCAUCAGAUCAAGUGUUUCCUAAAACAUAAAAUAAAGUCUUUGGAGGCUUCUCAUUUCUUGUUGCCCUUCCUAGUCUUUUAAAACUUUUUAGUUUGUUAUUUGAUAAUUGAAUACGCACGUUUAUGUAUUUAUUCGUUGCAAUGUGGCAUGUGGUGUCUGAAUGAUCGCAAGACGGGAUAAUUCUAUUUGCUAUGUAUGAAGUAUAUGGGGCUUCUUCCAUCAAAACACUACCCCUGACAUCUCAUAACUAAAAAUCUUGUACUC